AUGAGUUUGCAGCUUCAGCCUACUGGAAAGAACCUCAACUGCAGCGGUACAGCUUGCUCUUUGCAGUUUCUGGUCUACUGCUUCAAGUGGUGGUCCUCUCAUAAAGAGGACUUGCAGAAAUGCUCGGUUGGUGUGGUGCUUUACUACCUGCAGGAAACGUUGGAGGAGGGUCUGUUCCCCUCCACUUUAAAGGUGUAUGUUGCUGCUGUUGCAACAUACCAUGAUGCAGUGGAUGGUACAUCCCUUGGGAAGUAUCAUCUGAUCAUCAGGCUCCUGAGAGGCAUUGUUUCACUUAUCUCUCUGGCCGUUCUAUCAUACGAACGCUACUGUACAAUGAUGGGCUCCACAGAGGCGGAUGCCACCAACUAUAGGAAGGUGGCAGGUGGGGUGGUAAUGUCCUGGGUCUACUCUUUAAUCUGGACUCUGCCCCCUCUAUUUGGUUGGAGCCGCUAUGGCCCAGAAGGCCCUGGGACCACCUGCUCUGUAGACUGGACAACCAAGACAGCCAAUAACAUCUCUUACAUCAUUUGCCUCUUUAUUUUUUGCCUGAUUGCCCCCUUCCUGGUCAUUGUCUUCUGCUAUGGUAAGCUGCUGCAUGCUAUUAAACAGAUGAGCAGGAUCAAUACGGCGGUGAGUCGAAAGCGUGAGCAGCGUGUUCUCUUUAUGGUGGUCACCAUGGUGUUGUGUUACCUGCUCUGCUGGCUGCCCUACGGGGUUAUGGCCCUGCUGGCCACGUUCGGUCGUCCCGGCCUGGUCACAGCCGCUGCCAGCAUUAUUCCUUCUCUAUUAGCCAAGAGCAGCACCGUCAUAAACCCCAUCAUCUACAUCUNNNAAUUGCCUAAAAUGUCCAGGUUUUGGAUCCCACCUUCGUGCCAUUAA